AUGUUAAUGUGGGGGGGGGUGUCACAGAAGUCUCCACUGAGGUCAUAUCAGAACAACGACCUGAGGAAGGAAAGGUGUUUGCCACCUGUAGCUGAAGAGCCAGAGAAUUCUAGGCAGAGAGACAGCCCAAAUGAAGAUCCUGAGGCAGGAGCAACUUUAGCCCCAGGAAAAAGACAGAGGCUUGUGAGGUUGGAGCAGAGUGAGAGAGGAGGACACAAGCAGGAGAUGAGGUCAGAGCGGGGGGCGGGGCCGGGGCUGGAGCAGGUUCCUCGCUGCGCCUCUCGCCCAGGGCGCCUUUGUUUUCCGCGUUUGGGACUGUUAGCAUUCAGGGAUGUGUCCAUUGAAUUCUCUCAGGAAGAGUGGGAAUGCCUGGACCCUGCUCAGUGGGACUUUUACAGAGAUGAGAUGUUGAAGAACUGCAGCGAACUGCUGUCCCUGGGUGGGGAUAACUUCCCUCCAGAAAUCGGUGCUACUGGACAACAGAAUAAGGAAAAAGGAGUUACCAACUUUGAUAUGCCUGGUUGUAGCAUCACUCCAUAGAGAAGCCUCAGAUGGACAAAGAAUAAGAGCUGUUGCUGGCAAUCACAGUAUAUACAAGUGAGAAGGAACAAAUCCUCGCUGAUGCUUGCAUCCAGAAGGCUGAAAUGGUCAGGCAUUGAUGGACAGAACAAGGAAAAUCAACAGGGGUUCUCAGGAGAUAAGAGUUCAAGGACAAUGUUCUGCAAGUUUGGAAUCAAGGCAGACUGUGUCAGAGUUAAAGUGUGCCUGGCGAUGGUGAAGCACAGAGUAUUAGGGAGGUGAAAGGAAAAACCAGUCAGUGGGACCCUGACCAGAUAGGCCAGGUUGGGAAGAGAUCAAUAUCAUCAGAGAGUGAAGAGUCAGGUGAAGGGUGGGUCCAGAAACAACGUGAGGUUUGGUUGGGUAAUCAGAUCCAGCAACUGAAUGGACUCCCGAGGCAGAAGAUGCUCUAUUAAAAUAUGAGAUCCAGUGUCAAAAUGAGUUCUGAUAGCAGAGAGGUGCCUCAUGGUGAGCAUAAAUAAAAAGGAAAUGAGGAGGAGAUUUGGUCUGUGGCAUAAUAAAAAUAUAUAUUUGGUCUUUGUCCCCAGUUCCUGGCAUAGAGCUCCUAAAACUCUUGGAAUCUCUUGAGUGAUGAGUCUCUUUUGUAUGCCAAUGAAAUGAUUCAUAAAAAGGAGGUCUAGAUAGCCUUAAGAUGGGGGCUGGUCACCAGAACGACCAAGCCAUGAUUAGAGGAUUGGAACCUUCAGUCCCACCUCCAUCCCUUACCCCCAACCACUGGGGAGUGUAGGCAGCUGGAGAUUGAGUUCAAUCAUCAGUGGACAAGAAUUUAAUCAAUCAUAAUGAAACAUAAUGAAACCCCCCAUAAACCUCCUAAACUGCUGGGUUUGGAGAGCUUCCAGGUUGAUGAAGACACCCAUGAGUGCCCUGAGAAGGCAUGGAAACUCCGUGCACCUCCCCUUUCCCCCAUCCUUUAGUCUAUGAAUCUCUUUCAUUUGGCCAUUCCUGAGUUGUCCUUUAUAAUAAACCAGUAAAUAUAAGUAAA